AUGAACCAAAAGACUGUGGCAGCAGACAGCGCUGGUGCGGAGGCUGCGCAAGAUGAUGAUGAUUCAUCACUACGCACUCAAGUCUCCGACACAGUCACGAAGACCGGCGAUGGGAAUUCCUCGCCCAAGGACAUGGCCUUGCAAGAAGCUCGGAACGCCUCUGUUGAGGAGCUUGACGGACUCACAGCGGCCAAGUGGAAGUUUGUGUACCAAUACGUACAUGAACUGAAGAAAAGGGGCGCGUUUACCAACUUGGCGACGCUUUGCUUGAUGCACAAACUCUUUAACGAAGCCUUCAUCAGCAACAAGCACAUGCCGUACGUGGAUAUGGCCCUGGCCUCCAAGUCUCCUCUGAACCCGGUCUAUCCGAACCCGGGCUACGUCAAGUAUCUCGAGAUGAGUCCGCUCCCGGCAGCAACGGCCGCACCGCCCGCGGCUACUGUCCAAGCAAACGAGACGCGUUCGACGCCGAUCUCCGCGGCCGCUGGGAAGAACGGGCCAACACCCACAUCAUCUCCAGGUACUGCAGGGAAGACUGAUUGUGAGGCACAGAAACAAAAGAAGCUAUUGAUCGACAAGACCCGAACGAUUCUGAGAGAACACACUCUUCCAGGGGCACGCGAGGCGCACAUCCAGGACCUCUACGAUUACGCACCGACCCUUCUGAAGUGCAACAUGCUCUCCCUGACCAAGGAGAGAAUGAGGAACAUCAUCAGGCAUCAGUGGGCCGAGCACACUGCCGAAGAGCAGAGAUUCAAGAGCCGGGUGGCUGCAGACGACUGGGCCGGGAGACAGAAGCACAGGGAGGGGAUGGGUGUGUCGCUCAAGCGGCCGGCGUCGCCGGGAAAUUGUGCCGAUAGGCCGAUGAAGCAACAGUGCCGAGGCCCCAAGGCCUAG